AUGAUGACAAUUAAUAAUAAUAAUUUAAACAAUAGUAAUAAUAUUAAUAAUAAUAAUAACAUAUAUACAUCAAAUAAUAAUAAUAAUAAUAAUAAUUAUUUAAUUCAAACAGUACCAACAAUGUCCGAAACUUUUGAUCAUAUGAUUGAAACACCACAAAAUGAUUAUAUUUCAAUUCAUAACCAUAAUCAACAUAAUAAUCAUUCACCACAUCAAUUUUAUAAUAAUCAAUAUCAACAUUACCAAUAUACAAAUGAUCUAAUUAAACUUCAACCAUUUUGUGAAAUAAAUGGUCAAAAUGAUUUCCAAAAUUCAUAUCAAGAUCCAUACCAACACCAAUUAUCACCACCUGAUAUGGUUGGUCCAUAUGUUAAUUCAUAUAGUAAUAAUAGUAAUAAUACAAAUUUAAUACAAAAUAAUAAUAAUCAACAAUUACCAUCAAUUAUAACUUCACCAACGAUACCAUUACCACCAUCACCACCAUCACCAACAAUUAUAAAUAAUAGUAAUAAUACAAUUUCAACAAUUCAAUUUGUAAAUAAUAAAAAAAGACAACACAGUGAUACAACAUCUUCCUCAUCGAUUUAUUUCAUACAACAACCACACUCAACAUCUACACCAUUUUCAUUACAAUGUCCAAAUUCACCAAAUUCAACAUCAUCUUCACCAUUAAAUUCAAUAAAUUAUAGUUACCACCCAACUUUUAGAGUUGUUACAUCAUCAUCAUCAUCUGCAUCAUCAUCAUCUACAUCCUCACAACCACCAUCACCACAAACUCUAUUAUCAUCAUCUUCAAUAUCAAUAUCAAAUUCAUCAUCAUUUUAUAAUAAUACUGAAGCAUCAGAUGAAGAGAUGGAAGAACAAUUUAAAGAAUAUUUAUCACCAACAAUUUCAAAUUUAAUUGAAUCAAGUCAUCGUGAAAAUAUUUUAAAUUUGGUAAAUGAUUAUCUAUAUGAAGAAUUACCUUUGAAAUCAUUGUUGAUGGAAUUACGUGAAAUUCAAUAUCAACUUGGUAAUGGUCAAAAUCAAUCUCUUUUAAAUAAUCUAAUUGAAUUAUUCUUAAUUUUAGAUAAUUCUUCAAAUGUUAUGAUAAACUUUUUAAAAGAGAAUGGUGUCGAAGAUUCUGAAAUUACAAUUGAUCAAAAAAGAUUAUCAAUAAUUUUAAAUGAUUUUGAAAAUGGUUUAAGAGGUAAGGAUAAAACUAUUAAAAAGUCAACAAGUAGAGGAUUAAGAAAUCCACCAAAUAAAUGGACAAAAGAAGAGAGUUCAAAACUAAUAACAUUAGUACAUGAAAAUGGUGAUAAACAAUGGAAAAAGAUUGCAUUACAAAUUGGUGGUGGUAAAACUGGUGCACAAUGUGCUCAACAUUGGAAACGUGUACUUUGUCCAGCAAUUAGAAAAGGUUCUUGGGAUGAAGAAGAAGAAGCAAAAUUAUUUUUAUUAGUUGAAAAACAUGGUCAAAGUUGGAAGAAUGUCGCUAGUGAAAUUAGAACUCGUACUGAUAUUCAAUGUCGUUAUCAAUAUUUUAAAUCUUGUAUGUCAAGAGAAGUACCUUGGACUCCAAAAGAGGAUGAAAUCUUACAAAAAAAAGUAAUUGAAAAUAAACAAGAUUCAACCAAAGAAAUAGGUUGGAUGGAUUUAUCAAAAGCAAUGGCUAGAGCAAGACAAACUAAAAUACCUAGAACUGCUUUAGAAUGUAAAAUACGUUUCUAUUUUCUUAAUGCGCAAUUAUAA